UUCGCGAUAAGGGUAGUUUUCUUAUAGUGAUAAGUCUUCAACGUAUUUGCGUGUCGAAACUCAUAAAAUUUUGUCAGCAUUAGGUUUUCUUUCGAGACAAUCAUUGAAUUCUAUAGCUACAAGUAUGUCCAAGGAAUAUCGAAAAUACAGAAAGGCUUUGUCUUUGGAUGUUCCAUUCUCCGACAUUGAUCUGACAGAAAGGGAUGCUGCGAAUGUCGCAAAUGAAGAACCAGCUACGCCGGGACGUACUAACCAACAAAUGAGUAGCACGCCUAAAAGUAAACGAUUGAUAGUAGUGCAUUCUUCUCCUUCUCCGCCAAGAAUGACGGAAUUAACUCCUGUAACGCUUCUCGCACCAGUUAAAAUGCGAAAGCAUUUUCAGCGGAUCAGUGGGAAUAAAGAGAAUAAAGAAAAUAGAAAAGGCAAAGAUAAAUUUGUUCAAUCAAAUAACACUACGAAAGAGAAACAGGAUUCGCGUGAAAAUGGUUCUGUUGUUAAAGAUAAAUUGAAAUAUUCUGUGGAUCAUGAAGAACGAAAAGUUAGGAUUGCUUUGACUCAUCUCCGAAUAUAG